GUCGAUGGAAUGAGUAUUAAUUAAUCGAUUAAAUAAAUAUAUAUCCCCUACAUAGGACAUACAUACAUUCAUAUAUAACUAUCCAAUCUUCUUAAUUAUUGUAAACAAUCUCACACAAAGUCUAAGACCCUAGUAAGAAAACCCAACAUUAGAGCCCGGCCCGCAAAAAAUCCGAUGGCCGAAAAGGGUUCGAGUUCGAGAUGGUCGCUCUCCGGCUGCACGGCUCUGGUCACCGGCGGGACUCGCGGCAUCGGACAUGCGAUUGUGGAAGAGCUGGCUGAAUUGGGUGCGCACGCUUACACUUGUUUGAGGAGCGCCGACGAUCUCAACCGGAGCCUACAGGAAUGGACUUCCAAGGGCUAUACAGUCGCGGGCUCUGUCUGCGAUCUGUCUACCCCACAACAAAGGGAAAACCUCGUCAAAAGAGUAUCGACUGCCUUUGAUGGCAAGCUCAAUAUCCUUGUAAACAAUGCUGGGAUCAAUGUGUUCAAGGCAACAGUUGAUUUUACUGCUGAAGACUAUUCGUCAGUGAUGUCUACAAACUUAGAAGCCUCCUUCCAUUUAUCCCAACUUGCCCAUCCUCUUGUCGAAGCUGCUGGGAACAGCAGCAUCGUCUCCAUCUCCUCUAUUGCUGGUCUUACCCAUGUGUUUGUCGGAUCUAUUUAUGGAGCCAGCAAAGCAGCCGUGAACCAACUGACAAAGAACUUAGCGUGCGAGUGGGCAAAAGACAACAUUCGGGUGAACUCUGUCACUCCCGGGUUCAUCGAUACACCUGCUGUGGCAUCUCUAGCUAGCACACUAAGCAUCGAAGGCUUCUUCUUCGACAACAAGGCUACCCAUGCACUAUAUAUAUAGUUUUAGGCUGAAGAUUUUACAAUCAAGUGCAUGCUAGGUGAACUCUUCUUCCUUGCAUGCCUACCCUCUAAUUGUUGGAUUAAAUAUAAACUAUUUAGGUUUUGAUUCAACAAUCUCUUACAUCGGUAAUAUGUAUACCGUAUAACCUUAUGAGCUCGUCAAUCAUAUUAAUUUCAUAUCAAAACAGCUAUUACUGCAUCAACCACAAUUUCGUCUAUCAAUGGUCACAAUAUUAAUACAACUUAACAAUUUGAUCUCAUGUACAACAUAAAAGUUUCAUGUAAUAUGAUUUUAACAUGCCUAUUUUCAACUGAUUCAUUUUUAACUUUAAUUCAAAAUAAGAUAAUAUUGAAUAAUGAACACUGGAAUAGAGCAAUAUAAAAUAAAAUAACUUCAAUUGUAUCUGAACAUUACUAAUUAUUUCUCACUAAAUCAAAAUAUCAAAAUGUGGUUCCACUUUACAAGCAAUAUGCUCAUGAUAGAUCUUAGGUAGCAACCAUUUAAUAGUUAAGUGGAUCUGCAAUCAUAAAAGUUGUACUAAUACCUUCAAUACGACUAUCCUCAACAUAUAAAGUAUUAGUUCCAACCAAUUUCGAAUUCAGAAAGAGAGAAAAUUUUAUUUUUGAAUGAACAAUGAUAGAUAAAUUUGUCCAAAUAGAAAUUGAAAUCAAAUUCCGUCUAAAAGGUAAUACCAAAUAAAAAGGUCUUAUCCAAAUUCAAAUAGCAACUAAUACUUAAUAAUAAUCUAAGUAAUUUUUCGAGACCUUAUUGAAAGAACUCUAAAGUUAAGUGUUAAGUGUGUUUGCCUAAAGUAAUUUGAGGAUGGGUGACACCCUAGGAAGUCUCUCAAGGUUCACGUGAGUGAGAACAAAAAUAUGCUGAAAGGACUCGUAUUGACCUGUGGGGUCAGUCUACGAUACCGACACACCUGGCUUUGCAUGGCUUGUGGGCUGAGAUGUUACAGUUGGUAUCAGAGCCAACCUGCGACAGCCCACAGUUAUUGACGGGCCUAGCAGUUGAGGGAUCCUUGGGAUACAACAGAGGUAUUGCAUUUUAAAAUUGAAGAUGAUGUAAUACCCCCGAAGUUGGGCCGGUAUUAGGUCAAUUCUCAUAUAUGGAUGAGCCGGUGUUAAGUCAUCUGAAAUUGAAUAGAGGUUAAGUAGAUUGAAUAAACUACUCAUGUCAAGAAUGUAUACAUUCCUUUCCGGAAACUUUACUAAAAGAACUUACAACAUCAAUAUAUACAAUUUCAUAUUGGAAUUAAAAAUAAUUUUAUAAUUUUAAAAAAAAAUAAUAAUUUGGGUAUCCUCAGACCCCACUUACCUCUUGGGGGCCCUUGAACUGAUCGAGAAACCUAACUUGCCAUUCUCGAAAAUGUUUGUAGGAAGGAGGUAAUGAGAUAAUCAGCAACACGGCUUUAUCUUCAUCAUCAAUUGUAACAUCCAAAUUUUCCAAAUCCAUGAGGAUCGUAUUAAAUUCAUCUAGAUGAGAUUGGAUCGGAGUACUUUCGGGCAUUCUAAUUGUAUUAAGGCAUUCCUUCAAACGAAGUUUGUUGGCAAGAGACUUCGUCAUAUACUGCAUCUUCAGCCUCAACCAUAGCCCUCGUGUGGUGGUCUCGUGAGCAACUUCACGUAGGUCUUCUUUCGAUAACAUAAGUUGUAUUUCAGUCUGUCUUCUCAUCCAAUUCGUCCAAGCAGCGUCAUUCAGCCAUACACUCUCAUGUCCAUCCAAUGCCUUCUUCAAUCCAUUCUAAAAUAAAAUUGCCUGCAUCUAAAUUUUUCAAAUAGCAAACGAAAUCUUUCUAUCGAACUUCUAGAUUUCUAUUUUGCAAUCAACAUCUUCAAUUGUUGAACGCUCUGAUACCACUUAUUAGGAAUUUAUGCACCUAAAGGUGCGAUGAAAUUUCAGAAGUGGAUCAAAACACAAUUGAAGCACAAACAAAAUAUUGCAAAAAACGAAAAGAACACAAGAUUUGCGUGGAAAACCCAAAACGAAAAAAAAAAAAAAAAAAAAAAAAAAAAAAAAAACAUACGAUGAGGAAUCCACCAGAUGAAUUGAAUGUUUUCAAUGUUACGAAUCGAAUGAUUAAAUUCACUCUAACACCAAAAAUGUCCCCCAUCAAUAUCUAUGCAAAAUGAGGGGUUUUGACCUUCAAACAAGGUAUAUCAAAUUGAUAGCAAUCACCAAUAUAUGAAAUGAUGGAGAUAUGAAAUUUUGGAAAAUCACUCAUUGAUUACGCCCUUAACUCUGCAAAUUUGAUGUCAAGUCAACCUUGCCAUCUUGGUCACGCCCGUAACUAAAGCCUCCGAAAUCUUCUGAUAUGACAAGAUAUAUAAAAUCAAUUUCAGAACAGAAAAGUCCGCUUAGUCAUGCUCAUGGCUAAGGUCGUCGGAAACUACCGAAGAUUUUGCCUUGAAGAGAAUUUAAGAUACAAUCCCAACAAAAGCUAAAGCUCUUUAUAAAAAUAUAUAUAUAUAUAUUGUACCCCUACUAUUUGGAGAAUAGAGAGUGUCUUGUUUAUAGGAUUUUAUAAUUCUGUUAGGCACGAUUUCUUUGUGUAAGGCUCGUCUAUAUAAAAAUAAUGAGAUGCAAGCAACAAAUAACGACAUAGUCUUUACAUCUACAGCUCUAAUAAAUCCUGACAAAAAACCACAUGCUACAUUUCA